AUGGAGUUUGUUUACCACAAUGUUGAUGAGCUUCGUUCUGGGAAGCAACAUUGGAGGAUAUUGGUGAAGGUGGUUCGAAUUUGGUACAGCCAAGGAUUUGCCUCAUCGAAGCUUCCUCUUUCUCUUGAGUUGGUGCUGAUGGAUGACAAGGGUUCGAAGAUCCAUGCGAUUAUUAAGAAGACUUUGAUGUACAAGUUUGAGAAGUUACUGGUUGAGGGCAAUGUCUACAGUUUGUCUUCCUUCGUUUUAGUGGAUAGCAGUGGGGAUUACAAACCUACGAGACACAAUUACAAGAUUUGUUUCAUGUAUAACACUGAAGUGCGCCACAUGCCCCAUAUUACUAUUGAUGAGUUUCCCUAUAGCUUUGUAUCUCUUGCUGACAUUUUAGCCCCUAGCUAUGAUUCUGGUUAUCUUAUUGAUGUAAUUGGCAUUUUGACUGGUGUUGGAGUUGAGAGGGAGAUUGUUACAAAUGGAAAGAAGUCAAAGAUGAAUGUGAUUGAGAUUGAGUCUGCCGGAUUUUGUUUUGAAGCCCUGGAUAGGACUUUAAAUGACAUAAUGAAGUCGCACCCAAGUGGUACUAAUGGCAUGCCUUUUGGUGGUAAAGUUGUUGUGUUGGGGGGAGACUUCAGGCAAAUAUUGCCAGUUAUACAGAAAGGAAGUCGCUGUGAUAUAGUGAAUGCGACCAUAAAUUCGUCAUAUCUUUGGAAGAAGUGUUCUGUUCUUAAAUUGACAAAAAACAUGAGGCUGACAAGUUCUCAAUCCCUUGAUGAAAACAUGGAGAUUACAAAGUUCGCUGAUUGGCUACUGGACAUUGGUGAUGGGAAAUUGAAUCCAAAUGGGGAUGGAGAAUCUAUCAUUCAGAUACCAGACGACCUUCUUAUUCUUGACUCAGAUAAUCCAAUUCAAAGUUUGAUUGAUUUUUCUUACCCUCAUAUGUUGGAGAACUUGAGAAAAAAGAACUACAAAUUCUUUGAAGAACGUGCUAUAUUGGCCCCCACUUUAGAAAGUGUAGAAGCAAUCAACAAUGAGAUGCUAUCUAAAAUACCAGGAGAGGUUAGAGAAUAUUUGAGUUGUGAUUCUACUUGCAAGUCAGAUGAAGAUUCCGAGGUUGAAGCAGAGUGGUUCACAAGUGAGUUCUUGAAUAAUAUUCAAUGUUCCGGCAUACCAAAUCACAAAUUGACUUUAAAGGUCGGUGUCCCUAUCAUGUUGUUGCGCAACAUUGACCAAGCAGGUGGACUUUUUAAUGGCACAAGAAUGAUUGUUAAGGAAUUGGGCAAAAAUGUCAUUGUUGCAUAUGUUGUUUCUGGGAAGCAGUUAGGGGGGAAGGUGCUUAUAUCUAGAAUGGAUUUAGUUCCUUCCGACUCCGGUGUUCCAUUUAAAUUUGUCAGGCGACAAUUUCCAAUCUCUUUAUGUUUUGCAAUGACUAUUAAUAAAAGCCAAGGUCAGACGCUAUCUCAUGUCGGUUUGUAUCUACCCAAACCAGUGUUUACUCAUGGUCAGUUAUAUGUGGCACUAUCAAGGGAAAAGUCAAGAAAAGGUUUGAAAAUUUUGAUUUUGGAUGAAGAUGGGUUAAUCUCGACUGUGACAAAAAAUGUGGUAUACAAGGAGGUUUUUAAUAAUCUUUGA